UGAGGGCGGGGCGGGUGGCGCUGCGCCUGCUCGGGGGGGCGGGACCGGGGCGGCCCCGCGCGGGAUCGGGAUGGCGGAGAGACCGGAGGACCUCAACCUGCCCAACGCCGUUAUCACCCGCAUCAUCAAAGAGGCGCUUCCUGAUGGAGUAAAUAUUUCCAAAGAAGCUCGGAGCGCAAUAUCUCGAGCAGCAAGCGUGUUUGUGCUUUAUGCGACAUCAUGCGCAAACAACUUUGCCAUGAAGGGGAAGAGAAAAACGCUGAAUGCUAGCGAUGUUCUGUCUGCCAUGGAGGAGAUGGAGUUUCAGCGCUUUGUAGCCCCUUUGAAAGAAUCCCUGGAAGUUUACAGGCGUGAGCAGAAAGGAAAGAAAGAAGCAAGGAAAGAUAAAGACAAGAAGGCAGACUCAGAGGAGCAAGAUAAGAGCCGAGAGGAAGAGAAUGAUGAUGAUGACGAAAGGAUGGAGGAGGAAGAGCAAAAUGAUGAAGAGGAAGUGGACAACUGAGCUUGCUAUCGAGACACGUGCAGGGGCUGGGUAUUGUUCAGAGGGACACAAAUGCUGUAGAUCAACCUCACUGGGUCUCCUCGUGUUUCCACUAGAGCUUUGUACUGUUCCCUAGGGGCCUGUCCCCUUUUGACUUUCACUUGGACACAAAGGACUUUGGCUAAAGCUUUUCCCGAGGAAGUAUGGCUUCUCCGAGCCCAGAGGCUUGGCACCCUCAGGGGUUCUGGCCAGGCAGCAGCUGGACCAGGCUCUUCAUGGUGGGUUGGCUUUGAAAUAGAGGAAAAAAACAUCAUCAGAUGUUCAGCACAGAAGCUGGCCAGGAGAACUUGAGAGACACUUGAAUAAGCUGGUUCAAUCAAGUCAGGGGCUGAAUCAUUAACCCAUUGGGGUUUAGAUGAUAUCAGGAGGCUCAGAAGCUGAACAUUUGAGGUUUUUACCCAAGUGACUUGUUUUUUUCCUUCACUUUCCUGCAUUCUGGCUGUGCCUUCUCUUCCCGCUGGAGCUGUGACAGCGGUACUGUGUCUUCCCGGCCGGAUGCAGCAGCAUGGCACAACUGGACAAGGACCAGCAGUCCUCUCGGCUGACUUCCUCCCCCAAUCAACCUCUAGCCAAAACUCCACAACACUUACCAUGUAAACCGUAUACCGAAAGUGCUCGCUUUCUCCUUGGAGACCAAGAGGAAUGAAUUAUUAAGACUAUGAAGCAAAAGUAAUGGCUGAAAUGUGUAUCGGGAUGCUAAAAGGCGGCUCUAUCACAUGUAUGUUACUGCAGGGCAGCCCAGGGUUGGAUGCUUUCACCUCCUGUCCCUCCUUCGUGGAGCUGCAGCCCCUCCAGUCAGGCUGGAGUUGGCAGAGUUCAAGUGUGGUAGAACAGAGUGAUCUGUUAGGUUUUUUUUCCCCAACUGGAAUGGACCAGGUCCGUCAGAGAUCCCUCUUUGGCCUUCACCGGUCAUUCCAGAGGUGCAGACUGCAUCCCAGUGCAAUCAGAGGCAGGAGGGUGGGACAGUUCUACCCAGGAAAGGCAGCCUGUGGGUUUAAAGCAUCUCCUUCAAGGAUGAUGGGUUGAAACAAGCAGUGUGUGCUCCUAGUACUCGUGCGGGUUUGUUCUUUUAUACCUGAAUAAAAGGUACGUUGGAGUAAAACCCACUGAUUUGGUGUCUGUGCAGUUCUAAAACAGCACCUGUGAGGAACGUCCUUUUCACAAAAACAUGGAUGCGGAGCUCCCCAGCCUUUAUGCAUGAUGCUUUUCCCCACACAAAGCCCAACAUCUGGAAAAAGCAAUCCAACCAGGAUUUCUUCUGGUGUGCAGUCAGUUGGAGAUGAAAAGCCUGAGCUGACGAUGUCUUCCCAAGAUCUCCAGUACAAAAAGUCCUGCUUUCCAGCCCUUUUUCUCUUCG